AUGGCCCCCAUCGCAAUCGCACCUAUUGAAGCGUUGCCCGCUUCCCCCCUACUUGACCUGAAGCAGAAUAACAAUGCGAUGACAGAUCCCGACCAAGUCGCUCGUAACACUCUUGCCAGGCCAUUGAAGUAUACGGGUUUGUUAGAAAAGUACUCACACUUCGAGGUUACCCCUUCGAUUGGACGCGAGUUCGGACCUGAUCUUCAGCUUUCACAGAUCCUAAAUGCUGCCAAUUGCAAUGAUCUUAUCCGUGACCUAGCAGUCCUCAUUUCCCGGAGGGGAGUGUGCUUCUUCCGAGCCCAAGAUCUCAACCAAGACGAAAUGAUGCAGCUACAAAAGAAGAUCAGCACAUUAGCUGGACAGCCGAGAGAAUCAGGGAUGUGUAUACACCCAGUUUCAGAGAAUGUUGGAGAGAUGGGAGCGAAGACUCAAUUGAUCUCUGCGGAGAUGCAAAGGAAAGGAGGAGGGAUAAUGCGACUUCAUGAUGACGUCUCGCGAUGGGCAACACGAGCAUUUCAUUCUGAUGUGUCGUUUGAAAAAGUGCCGUCUGACUACUCAAUGUUGAAGAUCAACGUUCUGCCUCCUGUCGGCGGUGACACCCAGUGGGUAAACUGCUAUGACAUUCUCGACAAGAUGUCUCCCUCCAUGCUGGAGUAUCUGAAGACCUUGAAAGCGGAACACAAUGCCAAUUUUUUCCAUCAAGAGGCCGCCAAUCAUGGCAGGACAGUAUCCAAGACGAUGAUCAGAGGGAAUCCCCUCAAUGUGGGCGACGACCUCUCCGCUCGACAUCCGCUCAUUCGCACGAACCCCGUAACAGGAUGGAAUGCACUGUACUACUCGUAUGGCUUCGGAGGGCGUAUACAGGGAGUCACGUACGAUGAGCAUGUCAUGUUACGAGAGUACUUGACUCAAUUAUGUAUGAACAACUUCGACUGCUCCGUCCGAUUCAGAUGGGAAGCUGCAUCUGUCGCAAUAUGGGAUAAUCGUUCCACUCUGCACUCGGCCACCUUUGAUUACACGGAAGAGAGAAGUGGGGAUCGCGCGUCUUCAAUUGGUGAACUACCGUACUUAAGUAAUGAAGGGAUUUCCAGAACCGACGGUCUUCGUGCAGAAGGCGUGAGCUGGUGA